CCCUUGUGUGCACCCUGCCCCGUUUGUCUCACCAACAUCACCCCGCUGCUGCUGCUGCUGCUGCUACCGCUCACUUAACAGCGCCGAUUCAACAUGUGAGCAGCCGGUCUGAAGCCAAAUAAAAACAAGAUUGGCUCAUUUCUUUGAUCCUCUGAGGAAUCAACUGGGGGCUGACAUGUAAUGCGUGGAUUAUGGAUCGGAUCUGGACGCGUUGCCAAAUCCUGCUGCUGGUUCUGCGCGUUUUAUUCACAAGUUCAGCGCUGCAGGAGGAAGACGCGUCCUGCGACGGGGCUUUUGAUAUUUAUUUUGUUUUGGACAGGUCAGGGAGCGUUUCAAAACACUGGCAUGAGAUCUAUGGCUUUGUGGAGCAGCUCACCAGUCGGUUUGUCAGUCCCAGGAUGAGGGUCUCCUACAUUGUCUUUUCAGCCCAGGCAGUUGUAAUACUUCCUUUAACAGGAGACAGGUCUAAAAUCGAGGAGGGUCUCGACAAGCUGAAACAAAUCAUACCUUCUGGUGAAACAUACAUGCACGAAGGCCUAAAAGCGGUGUCGGCGCAGAUGAAGACACAAACCUCACCAUCAUCCAGUAUUAUCAUUAUUUUGACUGAUGGCAAGCUGGACAUCUACCUGUAUGACAUGAGUGUGAAGGAGGCCGACAAAGCCAGAGGAUUUGGAGCCAGGGUGUACUGUGUGGGGGUCAUGGACUUUGAUCAUAAACAGCUCGCUGAGAUAGCGGACGGCACGGAGCAGGUGUUCCCGGUUUUGUCCGGAUUUCACGCCCUUAAAGACAUCGUCAACACGGUCCUGAAACAGUCGUGCAGUGAAGUGUUCACGAUAGAGCCGUCCAGCGUCUGUGUGAACGAGUCUUUCAACGUGGUUUUGAGGGGAAGCGGAUUUAGUGGAACCAAGAGGAUCGACAACCUUCUCUGUUCCCUCACCGCCAAUGACGUGACUUACAAGGAGAAGCCCACAGUUGUUCGAGAUGGCUAUCUGCUGUGUCCAGCUCCUCGUCUACAAGAAGUUGGACAAUCAGUUGAAGUGCUGAUUAGCCUGAACAAUGGACAGUCCUACAUCUCUGCGCCCAUCACCAUACACGCCACCACAUGCUCAAAUGGGAUCUGGGUGCUGUGGUUGCUGCUGGCUCUGUUGCUGUUACUGGCCCUUGGUUUAUUUUGGUGGUUCUGGCCUCUCUGCUGCACUGUGGUCAUCAGGGACCCCCCUCCCUCUCGUCCCCCUCCUCCACCUCCUGUUUUUGAACCAGAGGAGGAUCCUCUGCCCAAACACAAGUGGCCUACAGUGGAUGCUUCGUACUAUGGAGGAAGAGGUGCUGGAGGAAUCAGACGCAUGGAGGUGAGAUGGGGCCAGAAGGGAUCCACAGAGGAAGGGUCGCGACUAGAAAAAGCCAAAAAUGCCACAGUCACCAUGCCAGAGGAAGUGGAAGAGCCCAUCAUUCCUCGCCCUCCACCAAGACCACCUCCUGUUUACAACCCCCCAUCCCAAGCCAAAUGGUACACUCCCAUCAAGGGACGUAUUGAUGCCGUGCUGGCAUUACUGAGAAGGCAGUACGACAGAGUGGCAAUCAUGAGGCCCACACCUCAGGACAAGGGUCGCUGCAUCAACUUUACCAGAGUUCGGUCUCACUGAGGUGGAUCAACUUUAACUUCUCCAGUGUAGAUUUUGUUUGCCAAAGAUCAACAACACAUACUUCCAGAAAUGAUUUUUGUGUUUGUAAAUAAACAUUAAUAGGUAAAAUCGGUGGUGUUACAGCAUAAUACAUGUGUUAAAGUGUUUGUGUGUCAAAGGGAAAAAAACAAGCAAAGAAAUAAAUUCUGAUAUUCUGUUUAUUUAAAAGAGAAAACGUCUCCUUUCACAAACAUCUUCCAUACAAGUACCCCGACCACAUAAAAGGUACACAAAAAAAAUCUUUAAAAAAAUAUAACAAAAAUGACACAUAGACAGUGUGCCUUUAAAAAACAUGAAAAACGUAGCAUUACUUUCACUCAAAGCUGGAUAUUAAGGGUUCUCUCUCACAGGUCUACAGGCAAGAUAAAAAGGGGAAGGAUCUUCUUUAUACACACACACAUCAGUAUUUACUUCACUCUAAACAAAUACUUGGUUUGCUUUUUAAUAAUACAUGAUCCGGUGUUGUAAAAGCUUACCAUCACAGAGCGAGCCAACCUGCAACAAGCUCAUUGGUGAUUUAAAAAAAAAAAAAAAAUAGUUUUAAGCUUCU